AUGUCGCUGUCCUGGAGCGACCACACGUUUGACAGCGUGUUGUUCCAGCCGCAUGGAGUGGAGCAGCAUCGUGGCCUUCUGAACAUGAGCUCGAUCCCUACCAAGUAUGAGAACGCCUCUGUUUUUCACCAGACCGAGUGGGUCGAUGUCGACACCAUCAGCAUCAACCUCGCGGGCAACGUGGUGAUCUUCCUGCUAGCCCUGACCUUUUUCUGGAGCUCGAGGCGGCACUACCCCAGCUAUUUCUCGUCCAAGCGGUACUACCUGCCGGACCAGACGCCGCCGGACCUUCCCUCUUCGGGGUUUCUCAGCUGGAUAAUGCCGCUGAUGGCCUUCCCGGAAGACGAUAUCUUGACGUACGCCGGGUUCGACGCCGCCAUUUUCCUCCGGUUCUAUGCCGUGGCCUUCAAGGUGUUCGCGCUCUUCGCACCGUACGGCCUUCUGGUGCUGAUUCCCGUCAACGUCAUGGAGACCCCGAGCGACAGCAACCAGGCCCAGACCAACAUCAACACCUUCAACCGGCUGUCCAUGUCAAACGUGCAGCACUACAACCCUUGCAUGUGGCUUCACGCGCUUGGGAUAUACCUCCUGUCCGCCUUGGCCAUGUACUUUCUGGUGGUCGAGUACAGGUACUACACAAAUCUGCGCCACCGGUUCUUGAGACGAAAGUCGGCGCACCUGCGGACCAUCGUGGUGCAGGGCGUGCCUCGCGAGAUGAGGUCGGACUCCAAGCUCUUCACGUAUUUCAACACACUGUACCCGGAAGAGGUGGUGAACGUGCACAUACCCCAAAACCUGUCCCGUCUGCGGGGCCUCAUCCGGGAGAGGCAAGCCGUGCUGGAGAACCUCGGGAAGGGGCUGGCGGAGAAGGGGGUGAGGGGGGAGGAGCAGUACCACUACACUGGAGUGUUGUGCUACCGAAGGAAGCGGGUCAACACCGUGGGCUUUUGCUCGACGCAACUAGACCGGCUCAACCUUGCUAUCGCCACCGAGCAGGACCAGCGAAUUCCGCGGAGCCGCCGCCGCUUCGGCUGGGGGCCGACUCUUCCGUCCAUCUCGUCUGUAGACAUGAGCUACGAUCUGGGCACGAAGCCGAACCGCGAGGCCGGGCCGAUCGAGCGCGUGGUUCUCCAGGAGCGCCUCGACGAGGACGACGACGGCGACGUCGAAGGGGGGCCCGCGGAAGAUGGGUUGGAGGGGGAGGGGGAGGAGGUCGGCUUGCUGGACAUGGCGGAACAGGGCUGGGAGGAGGGCGUGGACCGGCCGUACGACGACGGUAGCGGCGGCGGCCGCGGCUUUGCAAUCACGGGGACAAGGACCGCGGGCAGCGACGAGGGCGGUACCGGCGUCGGCCUGCGCGUCGACAGGAAUAGCGCCGCGGGUGCCAUGGCCGAGGCGGAGGCGCGGACGGACGCGGCGCGGUCGGCGCAGUUCGGCGCGAUGGAGGGCAGCGGUGGAAGAGGCGAGCCAGGAGGAGCGAUGGCAACGGGAGGGAGGAGGAAGUCGGAGGCGGCGGUCGAGGGCGGCGGGGUAGAGGUGGUCUCGGGGCUGGAGUACGACGGAAACGGCAAGAAGACGAUGCAGCAAUACCAGGAGGAGUACUGGGGGCAGGGCCACCAGGCGGGCGGCGGCGGCGGCGGCGGGUCGGCGGGCGGGGCCGGGUGGGGAACUACCGUCCGGCCGUCCAUGGCCCCGCGGCUCUCCGUGGACCUCAUCAACGUCGAUCCCGUCAAGGAGCUGGUCAAGAUGACGGCGCAACAGACGCUCCACACCAUGAGGGCUAAGUCCCUCCACUACCGUAGGGCGAGGGGGGCCGGCUACGGCACGGCCGCGGUGUCAGGCAACCACACCCCUCCGAAAGGAGGAGGAGGCGGUGGCGGCAGCAUCAACAGCAACGGCUCGUCCCUGAACAGCAGCGGAAGGGUCGUCGGCGGCGUUGGCAACGGUCUCUCGCCGAAGUCGACGCCAGGCGCGGAAAAAAACCCGACCGACAGCAGCUGGUGGAGGCGUUGCUUGGGUCGGGAUAGGGCAGGGGGGGGGGGGGUCCGCGGCGGAACCGAGAUGGCGUCACUGCUGCCACCGUCCCAACAGCAGCAGCAGGAUGACUAUCAGCACUACCGGCAGCGCAGGCCGAUGACGAAGAAGGGCAAGGGCUACUCUUCGCGGGCCUUCGUGACGUUUCGGUCUUUCGGGGCGGCUACCGUGGCCAGGCAGGUGCUGCACUGCGCCAGGCCCGGGAGGAUGGCGGCGAGCUCGGCGCCCGAGCCCCGCGAUGUGUACUGGCCCAACGCGAUCGUGACUCGCCGGCAGCACACCGCGCGGCGAGUGUGUGUGGAAAUCCUCUUGGCCGUGCUGAUGCUCCUUUUUCCGGUGCUGGUGACCCUGCUCAGCUUCGUCUUUUCGGCCGAGAACCUCAUGCAACGCUCGGAGGGCAAUCUGGCGGAGAGCUGGAUCCAGAUGCAGACCCUCUCUCGGUACUUCACGUUCCAGGUCCUCAACGUAUUCCUCGUCACGACUGUCGCCGGAUUCGCGGUCGAGAUCUUGACACAGCAGCUACACGCGCAGAUCGUGAGGCGGCUCAUGGACGAUCCUUCCGUGUUCUUCACGCUCUUGGGAGAAACUCUGCCGAAGGUGUGCGGUUUCUUCUGCGACUACGUGAUCAUCCGGGCGUUCACGGGCAUGUCGAUGGAGCUGGUAAGGGCCUACGCGUUCCUGCCGGCCGUGAUGGCGAUGCUGACCAAGAAGAAGGCGUGGGGGCGUCCCAUACAUGGGGACACAGUAGAGGCUCGGAGACACCGGUUCGACAGCCAAACGUCAAACGCUUCGAACGGGGGCGGCGGCGUCGGAAAGGGAGUCGGCUACGGGAUGGCGGGCCGUCACUUGCCUAUCCCCGGCAACGGCGGCGGGGGCGGCGCCAGGCCCGCCUCGGGCGCGUCCUCACCGGUGAACUCUGGGUCCUCCUCUAACAGGAUACCCAUGCACCCGGGAGGGUUCUACUACGGCCAGAUGUACGCGCAAGAUCUCCUGGUGGUGGUGGUGGUCAUGACUUACGCGUGCGUGGCGCCGGUGGUGAUCAUCCCGGCCCUCAUGUUCUUCUUCUUGGCGCAGGUCGUCUACCGGCAUCAGCUGCUCUACGUCUACGUCCCGACGUUCGAGAGCGGCGGCAGCUUCUUCCCCAAGAUGUUCCGGAGGUGGAUCUUCGCGCUCUUUGCCGCACAGGCCACCAUGGUCGGCAUGUGCCUUCUCAAACAGGGCUUCAAGCAGGCCUACAGCGUCAUGUUCCUCAUGGUGCUCACUUACGUCUACAAGUCAUUCCCGUCGCCACUGGGGUCGUCGGGGGGGGUGGGGGUGGAGGGCCGCCGGACGAGACCUUUUAAGGCGUGAGAAGGAGAAGGCUUUAUUUUUUUUGUGGUAGAUUUCGAGGAAAAAAAGAAAGACUUCAAGCUUUGCUCUUGUGGUUGGAGAUGAGAACCGAGUGUGCGGUCGCUUGUUUGGCCCAAGAAAAGGCAAAAGCUUGGGUGAAGAGGGGUGGGGGGCGGGAGAGAGGGAGGGAAGGACGGCAUAGUCAUUUGGUUCUAUUGUGUGGUAGAGACACGGAUUCGGCAGCCCCUUUUGGCCGCCCCUGUGCCGUGUUUUAAGUAAAGCUUCUCUUCACGUACUAAAGUUCUCUUGAUAUGCUAAAUAAAGGUUCUCUUGAUAUGCUAAAGGUUCUCUUGAUAUGCUGAAAGUUCUCUUGAUAUGCUGAAGAUUCUCUUGAUAUGCUGAAGAUUCUCUUGAUACGCUAAAGUUUUUCGUAACUUGGAGAAGAUGAGGAUUGAGGGUGGUCGCGUGCCGACGCGGUAAUAGUCUUGAUAUGGAUAAAUGCAAGAUUUGGGUCGAUUUCUAUUGCUGUUGUGGCUGGGGUGGUGGCGGUGGUAGCGGCGUUGUGUCGGUCCCAUCGUAGGAGGAGGAGAGAAAGAGAUCAAAUCGUUUGAAAGUUAGGAGAGAGUCGGUGAAACUGAGAGAAAAUCGUUGACGCUGACAUGAGUUACUUUCCGGAUGUUGAUACGCGAGGCAUUUUUUUUAGAUGAAGCGCUCGGAGGAAACGACGGCCGCCAGUGAGUGGCGUUUUUUUUUUUUGUCCUCUUUUUUUUUGUUUUCAUUGGUCGUGCUCGAUACUUUUUUGUUUGUUUGGCAAAUCACGAACCACAAGCUCGGAAAACUUGAAAUGACACGGGCACUGAAACGAGGUCGAUCGGCCGUAUGCGUAUGUACGACGGACACGAGGGUUGGUUGCUAUCGUCAACCUUGUCCACUACUGUCCCUCCCACCAAAGUGUGCUAGUGUGUCUUACAUGUUGUUUUUUUGCAGUGGAUCGCUCGCUCGUUUUGGUCCUCCUGCUUUGGAUUUUACAUUUUUACGUUUGUGUGCGGUAUAAAAAGAAGGGUUUAUUUACGUUGAAUCGAGUUAUUAUAGUCUAUGGGUGAUGCGGCGGGUGUGUUCCCUUCACGUGAGUCAACAAGCUUCGCCCUCUGGAGUACGAUGUAGAAAUCGGGUACUUUUCCCUACUUUUUUUGUGCGUCUUUUUACAGUUUUGUCCUCUUCCGAUGGGCUUUGUUCAAUGGCAGGGUCCAAUCACUCAUCACACCCCCAUCACACGCUGUUGAGUGCAUUAUCGUGUUGACGCGCGUUUCAGCGACAAUUUAAGUUUUUUUGAGUAUGUAUUUGUGUUUCUUUACGACCACAGCAGUAGCAGAGGCAGGCGUGUGUGCUGCUUUUCUGUUUGGGCCGGACACAACGACAACAACAGAGUGAGGGGAUGAGGGGCCCAUGUACCCCGCUGUCAGUGUGUAGAACGGCCGGCCGCCUUGUCUUGCAUUGCACGGUAUUGCGUUGCAAGCUAUGAUAUGUUCGUUCUUGUCUUGUUCGAACCGAUCUUCUGCGCCGGACAACGCAUGUAUGACGUUUUUUUGUCUAUUUGCUCCACGCGCCGUUUUUUUUUUUUUGUGGAUGGAUGGUACGGCCGCGCACGUUCAUGUUGUUGUCCGCCUUGUCUUCCCCGCCUUUUGCUUCCGGGGAAUGCGAUUAAUUGUGUACUAGAGCCUCGAGACAAAGAUGAGUAGUCUAGUCAUAGUCUGUGUGUUGGUCUCUUUGUCUCUUUGGUGUUGUUCUUGUGCACACGGCCGUCCCACGGCUCGUGGUUUCCCCCUCGUGGGUUCACGCGAACUUGUGUGUUUGUGUUGCGCGCAGAAGCUGCCGCGAUGGACUACUAGUACUUUUUUUUUUUUUUGCGGCUUACUUACGUAAUAGUGGUAUCCGUCGUCGUGUGUAUAUGCAUCCGAAGUAAGAUGCCACGGGUUUGACCCCGCAGUAGGAAGGCAUGUUUUUUGGUGGUUUUGUUUAUGUAUCCUGUUCUUCUUUUAGUACAGUAAAGCUUUUUUCGCAGAUUUUGGUGGUAGUAUCGGUGAGUUGCAAAUUGUUGUCGUUUCGUGUUCGGCUGUGGGGAAGGCUCUAGGCAAGAGUGUUGGCAUUUGUGAAGCCGUUCAGGGAGAGAGAGUUUGAGAGAAAGUGAGAGGUGUUUUAUGAAACUUCGAGGUGGCAUGCGCUGGAAAGCUGGGCGGUCGGGCCCUCAGAUGAGCAGUUGGCCUCCAUGCCCGACUGCCGCCGCGCUUUCGCGAGCUUGUUGCUGCGAACUGUGUAAUACAACGAACGUCGCCGAUGCUACACAAGGAAAACAGAUGGUGUGUUUGAGCUGCAGGAAUGGUUUGCUUCUCGUUUUCUUCAUUCAGUAUAAUAGUUUUCCGGACAUGCAGUAUCUCCUGAGAUACACCAGGACCACACUCUUAAGAACCACUUUCUUCCUUUC